AUGAAAGCUCUCGACAAUGGUUCAGGAAUCACUUCAACUUUUGACAUUGGUAGUUCCAGCAAUAGCAACGUAACAAGUCGUUUCAUUCCAAGAAUAGAUUUGGAGAUUAAUGAUGAUAUGGUGGAUGAUUCAUAUGUCAAAAGGAAAGGUCUUUCAUUAGCUUACAAAGAUCAUGGAGAUCAAAUAUAUGAAUGCUCAAAGUGUCAUGCACUGCUUUGGGAAGCAAAAAUGAUAAGGGGUAAUCCGAAGGGCAAGAACACUGUGUAUACUUUCUGUUGCAAAGGUGGUGAUGUGGAGCUACCACCAGUUGUCAAACCUCCUCCUGUGUUGUACAAUUUGUUUACGAGCAAAAAUCCUAUUGCCAAUAAUUUCAUGAAACAUAUACGAGCAUAUAACAUGAUGUUUUCAUUCACAUCUAUGGGGGGUAAAGUAAAUCAAGGUUCUUUAAACGGAAGAGGACCUUAUGUCUUUAGAUUACAAGGUCAAAAUUUUCACCGAAUGGGUAGUCUGCUACCUGCGCAAGGUGAUCAACCCAAGUUCUCACAACUUUAUAUAUUUGACUCUGAAAAUGAAGAGGCUAAUAGAGAAAGAGUUGUCAGUUCUAGUACUAAAAGUUCAAGACCUGGCAAAAAUGAACUGAAACGUGAUACAAUCAACAUACUAAAGAUAAUGUUAGAUGGUUGCAACCCUCUUGUGAAAUCCUUCAGGAUGGUAAGAGAUUGUGUUAAAGAAAAUGAAUGGCAAGAUGUAAGUCUAAAACUUAUUGCCAACAGAAAUAAAGAUGGUCGAAUUUACAACUUGCCAACAACUUCUGAAGUAGCUGGAUUAAUAAUUGGAGACAUAGAUUCAGUACUUGAUUCACGGGACAUUAUAUUGAGAAAGCAGUCUGGUGGUCUUCAAAGGAUAAGUGAAUUACAUCCUUCUUAUCUGGCUCUUCAAUAUCCACUCAUCUUUCCAUUUGGAGAAGAUGGUUAUCGACUAGGAAUCAAGCACAGAGGUAUUGCACAAGAUUCAAAGAAACCAAGAACAAAACUUACUAUGAGGGAAUUCUUUUGUUACACAAUACAAGACAGACCUGGGGAGUAUUCACUUUUACUUCAUGCACAGAAACUUUUUCAUCAGUUUGCUGUUGACGGUUACACAAUGAAUUUGACGACAAAUGUCGAGAAUGGAACCACAGAUGCCUCAUCAACUGGUAAACGUAUAUUACUUCCUUCAUCUUUUACCGGUGGGAGCAGGUACAUGAUGCAAAAGUACUUGGAUGCAAUGGCUAUAUGCAAGUCAAUGGGCUAUCCAGAUUUGUUCAUUACUGUUACUUGUAAUCCCAAUUGGCCAGAGAUUUACCGUUGUUUGGUUGAUAAAAAUCUCACUCCCGAAGACAGGCCGGAUAUAAUUGCUAGAAUGUUCAAGAUAAAAUUGGAUGAAAUCAUAAACGAUUUUGUGAAGGAGAAAUUCUUUGGCGAAGUACAAGCAGUUAUUUACACAGUGGAAUUUCAAAAAAGGGGUCUUCCUCAUGCUCAUAUUUGUUUGUUUUUAGCUGCCACAAACAAGUUUCCACGUGCAACCGAUGUAGAUAAAUACAUUAGUGUUGAAAUACCAAACGAAAAAGAAGACCCAGAAUUGUAUGCACUUGUCAAACAAUUCAUGAUGCAUGGACCUUGCGGAGAUGAUAAUCCCAACUGUCCCUGUAUGGUUAGAGGAAAAUGUACAAAGAAUUUCCCAAAUAAAUGGAACGAUGAAACUUUUGUGGAUUCAGAAGGGUAUCCUGUAUAUAGACGUCGAAAUACUGGGAAUACCAUUGAAAAAAUGGGGUCCUUCUUGAUAAUGGCAUGGUUGUCCCUUAUAAUGCUACACUUCUGCGAAGAUACCAGUGCCACAUUAAUGUCGAAUGAUGGAACAACAACUGAUAACAACAAACCCAAAGAUGAGGUUAAGAAUUACUUGGAUUGCAGGUACGUUUCUGCUUUUGAAGCAUGUUGGCGAAUAUUCGCCUUUGAUAUUCAUUAUAGACAUCCUCCAGUGGAAAUCUUGCCAUUUCACAAAGAAAAUGAACAAAGCAUAGUUUAUGAUGAUCAAGCACAAUUAUGUGAUGUGGUUUUCAAUCCAACAGUGAAACGUUCAAUGUUCCUGGAAUGGAUGAAAUUAAAUGCGGAGGAUAGCUUUCCCAGUUUAUUGAAAUAUGUGCAAAUACCUGAGUUUUAUGUUUGGAUACGUAAAACUAGGAAAUGGCAACGAAGAACUGUGGAAGGACAUGGUUCUAUAGGGAGGAUAUCAUAUGUCCCUCCGUCCCUUGGUGAUGUAUAA